UAUUCCCCCGCCACUGUCCACAGCUGCUACAGUUCGCUCGCUAUGUCGUCUUCGGAAGAGUUCGCUCUGUACUAUGAGUCGGGCAGUACGCCCUGUAUGUCCAUGAUGCUAGCCCUGGAGGAAAAGGGGAUCAGCUACACCAAAACAGAGGUGGACACGGACAAAGAGAAAGACGCGGCGAUGCUUGAAGAAGUCGGAGACAGAGAUGAGCCUCCGCUGCUGCUGCACGGUGAGAAUGUGCUGUUCGACGAGGUCGUACCGGCGUGUCUCUACUUGGAGAAAAUUUCCGACAAAAACCGACUGAUCCCCGAAGGCGCCGUCGGGCGAGCCCACGUCAUACAGCGCAUGCUCCAGGCACAGAAGCUCGGAAUUGGAGACACCAGUAUUGACGAACAGUGGGACAUGGACGAGGAAGCUAAUGAAGAUGAACUGGAAGCGAUUGAGGACCCGGAUGAAUUUGACGAACAGGAGGAAAAAUAUGACAAGAUGGACCUGGUGAAGGAGAUCGAAAUCUGGGAGGGGUAUUUGAAAGAGUAUGGUAAAGGUUCCUACAUCGCGGGGCCAGAGUUCACCGCGGCGGAUUGUCUGUUCAUCCCAGUGCUGAUUUACCUUGUGACGAAUCAACUGGACCUGACCAAAAAGUACCCGAUGUUGCAGGAGUACUACACUAGGGUCAUGGAGCGUCCCGCUGUGAAGGAAGUACAACAAUACCACCAGAUGGAUGCAGAAGGUAUCUUCAAGAACAUGCCAGAGGAGGGCGUGUUGGAUACUUUGGGCAGCAAAGUUAAGGGCUUGUUCGGGAAACUAGUUAAGAAGAAGAAGUCGAAGUAGCUGUUCAAGAGACAGAACCCGGCAUCACCACGGACAUUUUUGAUAAAAACUCAGAGAUGUGCUCAACUUUUCUGAACAUAAAAAAGUGUCCAUGCUAUAGCUGAAUCGUCAAAUAUAUGUUGGUAUAUAACUGUGAUCGCAAUUAUGUUUCUGACUUCCGCCAAACCUGGUUUAAAACUGGGAGGAUCGGAGGAAAAAAACACACGGACAUUAUACCUUAUCAAAUAUCAAUAUGUUAAUAAAGUUGUUAAUUCUGUAAUGAUAACAUCUGAGGCUCUGUAUAAGAUGCAAUGAUGGUCCUGUCUUUGUCAAUUCAAAUGAUUAUUCAAAUGCAAAUGCAAUAAAAAAAAAUGCACCAAAAA